UGAAGCUAAUGUACUUGCAGGAUUCUUGCUGUACGGAAUUGUAUUCUCAUGAUUGUUUGCGCUUUUGUAAGUCGCUUUAGACAAAAGCGUCAGCUAAAUGAACUGUAAUGUAAUGUAAUGUAAUCAUGGAGCAAGACAACGACCUAAAACACACUGCCAAAACAACCAAGGAGUUUAUCAGGGGAAAGAAAUGGAAACUGGCCAAAAAUGGUUUUAAACUGGCCAAGUCAAGCUCCAGACUGAAACUCUAGUGAUCAUUGUACCUGCUAAAGAGGAGACUGAAGGGAGAAACCCCCCUAAACAAACAACUGAAAGAGGCUGCGGUGAAAGCCUGGAAAGGCAUCACAAAAAAGGUUUGGGGAUGUCAAUGGGUCACAGGCUUGAUGCAGUUAUUGCAAGCAAAGGAUUUGUAACUAAAUAUUAGGUCUCUGUUAUACUUUUGUUCACCUAAAAAUGUGGUGUUCCGUUAAUUAACGAUGCUAUCUUCUAAGUUGUUUAACAGAUCUAGAUGUAAAUAUCUGAAAAUAGAAGCUGAGAGAUCUUUUGUUGUCAAACCCAAUUGUUUUCAGUGUACAGCAAAAAUAAAGAAAUUGGCCUCGCUGUUCCACUAGGUUUGGAGGGGACUGUGUAUAUAGACAUACAUGCAUACAUAUACAUGUAUUUACACGUUACAUGAUAAUACCUUUUGUAUGUAUGUUUUCCUGUGCAGUGGUGGGAGAGCAGCAGAAGGAGCAGGAGAGGAGGAGGAGGAGAGAGCUGUACAAAGAGAAGAGGUUUUUCUGUGAGCUGUGUAACAAAGGUUUUCAUCAGAAACACCAGCUGAGGAAACAUGUGUCCUGUCAUCUGAAGCCAUUUCCCUGCAGCUCCUGCGAUAAAGGUUUUUACAAGGCCAAGAGUCUGCAGAAACACGUGCUGAGCCACCAGCUGCGGGAGGCUCAGGAGAGCGACCCCGACAAACUGUUGCGCUGCGACCAGUGCAACAGGAAGUUCAGGCUGCUGCGGCAGCUACGCGUGCACCAGGUGUCUCAUCGGCUGGACAAAGCGCCGCUGCAGUGCCAUGUCUGCGAGCGCACCUUCACCUCGGCCGCCGCGCUGCGCUACCACGAGGUGUCACACGCCCAGGUCAAGCCCUUCAUGUGCGACGUCUGUGGCAAAGGCUUCACCAGGAAGAAGAGCCUCCGCGAGCACCAGACGGUCCACACUGGCGCACGGCCGUACCCCUGCCCGUCCUGCGGGAAGAGCUUCUCCACCGCCAGCAACCUGCGCGUCCACAAGAGGUCACACUCCGAGGACCGACCGUACAAGUGCUGUGAGUGCGACAAGGCCUUCAAGUGCAAGAUGGGGCUGCUGCAGCACCGCGUAGUGCACUCUGGGGAGAAACCCUUCGUGUGUCAGACCUGCGGCCUGAGCUUUGGCCUCAAGUACAACUUCCAGAGACACCUGCGACUGCACAACGGAGAGAAACCCUUCAGGUGUGAGAAGUGUGGCGAUGGCUUCUCGGGGACGUGGGCUCUGAAGACCCACAUGCUGGUUCACGGCGUGGAGAAGCCCUUCAUGUGCGACCUCUGCGGGAAGACAUUCUUCUACAACUGCCAGCUGCAGAAGCACCAGCAGCUUGUCCACGACAACAAGGACCGCCAGAAGGCGGGUGGCGCGGCAGGGAGACGGCGGCCGGCCGGAGCGAAACCCUACAGCUGUAAGACCUGUCUGAAAAGCUUCAGCAGCGGCACCACACUGAGAACGCACGAGAAGAGCCACGCGGAGAACAAAGAGUUCAGCUGCGACACCUGCGGGAAGUCCUUCCACCUGCGGCACCUGUACCUGUACCACCUGAGGCAGCACAGUGGCGACCGGCCGCACGUCUGCGCCGUCUGCGAGAAAGGUUUCCUGCUCAUGUCGCAGCUGAAGCAGCACGAGCUCCUCCACACCGGAGUCAAACCUCACCGCUGUGAACAGUGCAGCAAAGAGUUCAGGACGCCGCAGAACUACCACCGCCAUCUGCUGGUGCACACCGGGGAGAAACCCUACGAGUGCGGCGUGUGCAGCAGGAAGUUCAGGCAGUCCAACCAGCUCAAGUCUCACAUGCAGAUCCACACGGGCGUGAAGCUGUACGCCUGCGAGCGCUGCGGCCAGGGCUUCUCCGACUCCCGGCAGCUGAAGAAGCACCGCUGCGGAGACGAGCUGCAGGCCGGCAGACGCAGGAAGCAGAAGGAUGUGUUCUCGUGGAGUGACGGCUUCACGCACCAGUAGGGUUAGCCUAGCUUAGCAUAAAGACUGGAACAGCUCCAAAGAUCUCUGAAGAACACGUCUAAAAUACUUUUCCUGGAUUUCUUUCAUUUUAAUAUUUAAAAACUAACAUCUGUAAAAACUGUAUGGCUGAAAAGCAUAUGAUGAAAUUCUAGUUUGUAGUAUUUUAUGAAUGAUCCAGUAUUAUUCUUAUAUUUUCAUGUGAAGAAAUUUAAAACUUUAAAACUUAAA